UAAGUCAUCUUCAGUUCUCCCUCAUCUGUGCAUGAAAGAUCUCCCCUUAAUUUGUUCAUCACCAUGCCUUAUCUCCACAUCUCCAUGGUACUACUGCUCUCCCUGCACAUCCCUGCUGCAAAUUCUGCCACGACGGAUACCAUCUCAGCCGGCCAAGCACUCUCCACCAUUGGCGACAAGCUUGUCUCCAAAAAUGGCAAGUACGCGCUUGGCUUCUUCAAGAAGCUUGGAGGUGGUGGGUUUGGUUCUGUAUUCAAGGGAUUUCUGAAUAACUCAACUGCAAUAGCUGUGAAGGAGCUUUGCCAUCAUUCUCAUCAAGGAGAGAAGCAAUUUAGAGCUGAAGUUAGCUCAAUUGGAAUUAUCCAGCAUAUCAAUUUAGUCAAAUUAAUUGGUUUCUGUUGUGAAGGUGCUAGAAGGUUACUUGUUUAUGAGUACAUGUCAAAUGGCUCUCUUGCUACCCAUCUUUUCCAGAACCAUGCUACAGUACUGACAUGGAGGACUAGGUAUCAAAUAGCUUUGGGAGUUGCCAGAGGAUUGGCCUACUUGCAUGAGAAAUGCCGAGACUGCAUCAUACAUUGUGAUAUCAAACCAGAAAACAUUCUUCUUAGUGAUUCAUAUGUCCCGAAAAUUGCAGAUUUUGGGAUGGCCAAAUUUUUAGGAAGAGAUUUUAGCCGUGUCAUAACUACUAUGAGAGGAACUAUAGGAUACCUUGCACCUGAGUGGAUCAGCGGAGUGGCUAUCACACCAAAAGUAGAUGUUUAUGCCUACGGGAUGGUAUUACUGGAAAUUGUAUCUGGAAAGAGGAACUCAUGUGUUUCGUGUUCUUGUGGUAGCAACCAUGACAUCUAUUACCCCGUACAUGUUGCACAGGAGAUUAUCGGUGGAGAUAUUAUGAGCUUGUUGGACAGCAGAUUGUGUGGCAAAGUGAAUUUGAAAGAGGCUGAAAUAACCUGCAAGGUUGCUUGUUGGUGCAUUCAAGAUGAUGAGUUUGAUCGGCCAACAAUGGGCGAGGUAGUUCAGAUCAUGGAGGGUCUACUCGAAAUCAACAUACCCCCAAUGCCAAGGCUGCUUCAAACUGUCGCUGGAAGCUCAAAUUAUUCCACUUGCUGCUAAUCCUCUUUUAGCGAAGCCAAAUAUAUUGAUUACAGUAUCCAUGGAAGUUGUAGUUUUGAAUAAACUUGUGGUUGCCUUGUAAUAAACUUGGUGCUUUUCUACCACAGAUGCUUUUGUAAUCCGAUACUGUCCUAUCUUCUCUUGUAAAAUUAAUCUGCAUUGUCCAUCAUUUGAGUAAAAUUU